UGGCGCCAUAUUUACUUUUGAAUGAUUGCAUGGGCGAAAUAGAUGUGAUAGUAAAGGUGAAGGUUCGGAGAAGAGACGGGACGUUCGCCACGGUAUUUCUAAUAAAACAUUGAAAAUAAGUUUGACAAACAUCCCGUCUCAUCUAAUGGAAUUUUCAUAUAAAGCUGAAAGCCAGCGGAUCCAAAAGUCUUUGGAACAUGGAAUAAUGCCUUUCACUUUUCCUAAGGCAAAGAUAGCUUUAUGGGAUCCAACACCUCUUGGUGAUGCAGUUAGCCUUCAACUUGCAUACUACAGAAACCCGAAGCUGCGUGUGUUGGAGAAGACCUUGCGUCUGGUCCAUCGCCAUGCCAAACAGAGUGAAAGCAAAGUUUUCUCUUGUUUCCUGCUUGGCUCUGUAGUAGUCGAUGAUGAUGAGGAAGGUGUUACACUGACUAUAGAUCGCAUUGAUCCUGGACGAGAAGUUGCUGGGCGUUCUGACAAGGUUCCCACAGCACUUCUUCCUGGUGAUUUCCUGAUUCCAUGUACAGUUGAUACUCAAGGACCUGCUUCUAGAGACAUCAAUGUCUAUACAUCUGAGGAUUUCCAUGCUGCAUUUAAGGCACUACACUACUACUGUAGUGGCAAGGAAACAAUCGACUCUUCUAGACUUCUUACAAUGAGAGGACAUAUUACAUGCAUGAACCAAUUGGAUAACCUAACCCUGGAACUUCGCUGGGCAGCUGUUACAAUAGCAAUAGUCUUUGAAGCUACUCCAAUCAAUAAAAUUCCCAUAAUCCCUACAGCUUUGGCAAGAAAUUUAACCAGCCCACUUAAUAUUGCUCAGAUUCAAGGAACAUACAAAUUUGGAUACCUUACAAUGGAUCAGACACGCAAGCUUCUAUUGAUACUUGAAUCUGAUCCGAAAGUGCUCACUUUGCCUCUUGUAGGAAUCUGGUUGAGUGGUGCUACUCAUGUACAUAGUCCUCAAGUUUGGGCCUACUGCUUGAGAUAUCUUUUCAGUUCUUCCAUUCAAGAGAGGAUUUUUACAAAUGAGAAGAGAAGUUUUCUUCUAGUUCUGUACUCAAUUACGCACAAGCAGCCAGAAUUCUAUGAAUGCUAUCCUUGUGGUGAAGAAAAAUUGGAUUUCCAACUACUUACCAGUACUGAAAUAUUAAAUCUGUGUACUAACUCUGAGUCUUCAGGAAAACGGCCAAUUGAAUUUGAGCUCAGUGAUGGAAAUAAAAGUCCAGAAAAUGAUUUCUUUAAGGAGGUGGUUAACAAUGUCAUGGGGACCUCAAUUAACUGUGGAUUAUUUGCAAACAAGGUAGCUAUUGGAGACAAUGACUGUGGUGUAGAGGAAGAGGACCUUUCUCCAAGACCAACACCAAGUCCACAUCCAGUUGGACAAAAGUUUCCAAGAAUUUAUCCUUCUGUACCUGAGCUAUCACUUGUAUUUGAUGGAAGUUUUGUAGACUCAAAAAAUGCUCCAAGAAGACUAAAGCAACAGACUCUCCGAACCUGUGACACAUCUGGAACCUUUAACUCAAUGAAACAGCAUUCUGAAAAUGGACAGCUUGCACUGCCAUCUCAAGAUGUAUCUCCUACUUUGAAACAAAAUGUGACUAUUUCACAUGAACCUGCACCAAUGCUCAAGUCCUAUAAAGGAAAAACUGUAUUGAAGCCUCAAAAGGGGAGUAAUUUUGUGAGGGAGAGUUCAGGGUCAUCAUCUUCGUCUUCAAUAAAUGGGUCUUCACCUGAUACUUCCAUAGACCAGCCUGAAAUGGGGGUUCCUGCUGAAGUAGUUGAUUCAAGGAAAAACAUUGUUGUAGGUCAAGGAGGAGUUUCUGCUGGAGGCCAGCAAUCCAUAUCCAACACAAAACAGCCACAAGGACUAUCAUCAUCUUCCAACAAAUCAAGCAAGCAUUCGCAUCAGCACUCUCCUAAUUUCCCACCUCUUUCGUCUGAAAUGCAAUUACUAGGACAUCCAGCACAUUUUCACACAGCGUAUCCACCUAGAUACUGUAAUUGUUGCCAGCACCAUGGACCCUGCUGUGGAUCUUCAUUGAAUACUAAUUGGCAAGGAUCCUGUUCAACAUUUGGUUCCAAAGGUGUCCACUCGCCUACCUGUCAUGACUGCAGCACUGCAACAUGCCAACAAGCACUAGGAUAUUUGCCAAUUUCUCAUUGUAGUGGUCUGUAUUUGAACACCAGUCCACUGAAGCAGUGUUCACCUGGACAAGCAGGAAGCACGUCACCUCCAAACAGUAGUUUGGUAAAAUCACCUGGAGCCUCCCACACACCACCAUCAAAUUGGUGCAAAAUGUGUUUAGGACCUUCUACAGGUUCGCAUGUUCCUCUGAACAGACCAGACAGUGACCGAGAGGAAGGUGUAACAAUGGGAUUGCCUUUUGAUGCCUACAAGAUUCUUGUAGAACAGGAUAAGCAGCUAAAACUCCUUCAGGCCCAAAUACAACAGCUUUUGGAUACACAGCAUUGUGAAGCAUCAACCCCUAUGACCCAUUGCUUUUCAAAGAAUGCUGAUCCAGCAUUGCAGUCAGAAAGAAAACUGGGAUUUAUUGCAAUGGAAACCCAGACAUCUCCUGCAAUUCAAAUGAAGAAAAGUGUUAGCAUUGCAGUGAGCACAGGUGCCAGUUUGUUCUGGAGUCCACCUGAGAAGCAAGAUGAGAACCAAUCACUCUCCAGCCUUAAGCUGAAUGACUCUGAAUCAUGCAAUGAAGAAAUGACUGCCUCUAUUACAACCAAGGAUACCAGCCACGCCAGCAUUGCCUCUUCGCUGAAUGGAGUGGAUAUUCACAGCUUUGUGGAGGACAGUCAGGUUGCAAUAAAUACUUCUGAUCAAGCUACUGAUGCUCAGAACUGUUCAACUGACAGUACAAAAAAUUGCUGGGAUCAUCGUAUGAGAUUUCAGAGCCCAGUGCUUGGGGAGAGUGCAAGUAUGCAUUUGAAAACUAAUCAACCUGAUGUAUCGUGUAACAUUGCUAAAAAAGAAAUUGAGGAACAUACCACAGAACUGCUAACUGAGCAGAAAUUUUACCAGAAUUUAAUGGGCCAGGUCAACCAACUCAUAGAAUCCUGUAAUUCAAAGGAAAGUCAGGAAACAAAAAACAAAGAUGCCAGAUUAGUGUCCCCUCCACAGAAUACUGACAGAAGGAAGAAGCACCUCCAAAACAGUCAGGCAGGUGAAAAUAACGUCCUGAAUGCUACCUUGAAGCAGCUGAAGAAGAUGGGAGUGAAAAUCAAUCCUGAAUCUUCCAAUGUUGUCAAGACCAAAAGCAAAGUUGAAAAUGCAAGCACACUGGCUUGCAUAAGCCCAGAAGCAGUUAUUCCAAGGCUGAACUACAUGUCAUUUGUCAACAUUGGCACAAGUGGAUUUGGAACCAGUGGAGUUGACCUUAGCAUGGAGGCCAAUGCUAUAGCUCUCAAGUACCUGAAUGAUGCUCAGCUGUCCCAGAUGUCUCUCAACAGGGUGAAUGAUAAUGGUGAAUCCACAUCCCUAAACGGUCUACCCGAAUUAAACACGGACAGAAGCAUGGUAGGUCUAAGCUUGAUUUCCCCCAGCAAUAUGUCAUUUGCCACACGCAAAUACAUGAAGAGAUAUGGACUGGUGGAGGAUAACCAUAGCAGUGAUGAUGAAGAAUUGCCGGACACCACCUUUCAGGCCACAAAAACUGAUUCAGCAAGUCUUUCCUUUGGAGAAGCAAGAAAUGAAAAAGUGGUUGAAAGCCAAAGGAAAAUUAAAGACUACUGUGCCUCUGAAUCUCACUCCAAGAUGGAAGAAAUUAUUUUAAGAAACAUUACUAAUGAAGUUGUUUCCUCAGUACCACAGAAUAUGAAUACCUGGAGUCAAGGUGCUCAUCAAAUUCUAAAAAAAUCAAAACCUAAAAUUAAGCAGGUUACUGAAGAAAUUGGUUGCAAUGAACACUCUGACAAAGAAAAUGAAAUUCAACAGUUUUCUAAAAAAUUAGUACCAAACGCUCCAGAAAGGAAAAAAGUGGUGGAAAGCAGUAAUGCAAUAGGUAACAUUCUGGAUGUAAAUAGGCUCCGACAGCUACCCAAACUGUUUUAACAAUCAGGAUGAUUCAUGACCUUGAUCUAGAAGCAUUGGUAAUAUCGAAAGUAUAUACAGUACAGCUAUUUGGUACACAGUGCCAUUUUUUUACAUCAGUUCAACUUGAAUAAUGUAAAGUAUUACCAUGUCAAUCAAUUUAAAUUAUCAUCAUUUGGUUCAAGGCUGCAGCAGAUCAUCAGUUCUUAAUGAAUUCUGUACCAGUUGUAUAAAGUUUUAUACUGAAUUUUGCAAUUUUCCUCAUUGGCAGAAAGUGUGAUAUGACUGUCUUGAAAUUACAAUUAUAAGAUAACUGUAGAGACAAAAAUGUUUACCUUAGUACUGGCUUUGCCCUUCAAGUCAUCAGCUACAGCAGUCAAAAUGCUGGUAGCUCAUGUUUAGAAUCAAGUUCACCUGCUUGGUCUAUGCUAUUAAUCACACAAUGCUAAUAGCCCACCUAUGUUCACAUUUAUAUUUAUCAUCUUUCCAUCUAUUAGAAACAUACAAAGAUUUAUCUUUUUGAGCUGAAUGCUUCCAAAAUUUAAUGAAGGCUGGUAAAUUUUUACUUCAGUUGUUCAUUUCAUUCGAUGAGUGCUUUAAUGAUUAAUUUUGAAACACUCAUAAUCUGGAAAUUCCAACAUAGUGUGAAGUCUAAAAGUGCAUUCUAAUAUUUAAGCAAUGUUCAGCAAGGGAAAGGAUUUCAUCAGUUAGGAGGGAUGAAAGUUUGCUUUGAGCAUGGGGCAGGGUAAGUAUAAAAAUUGUAGCAAGCUUAUAAAAAUGAUAUUGGUGCAAUGAGGAAAUUGUGCUUGUUUCAGCUGUCCAAUCUCCUAAGAAAUAUCUGCUUUUGAGUUGUGUUCUUUUUGCUGAAGUCUUGAAGAUUAAGUUUACAUGAAUUGAGUAUAUUGUCUUUUUUCUUUACGAAUGUUUACCAGUGUUUCCUUUUGAAAUGUGAUAUUGUUUUUUGUCAUCUUGCCAUUAAUGCCAUUUAAUCUUUGGCUUUUGCACAGUUUUUUUGUUUGAUUAUUCAAUCACUGGACUUUUGUGAACAGUUUAUAAAUAAAACACUAGCACAAUUUCCACAUAGUUUGUCUAUUUUGAAUUUAUUGACAUUCAGUACAUUUUUGUAGUUGAAUUGUGUACUGAUUGUUGACUAGUUCAAAAGAUGCCUUUUAGUGAUCUAUUCAG